CUUAGCCUUUCAAAAAAAAACAUUCAACAAGUCGACAACCCUUCCCCUUUAGUGUUCACCACCGGUCUGCCACCAUCUUCCCUUUUCUCCGAUCUUCGCCGUCGCCAUGCUGCACAUAGACCAGUACUCUUAUAGGACUCCAAAUACAAGGUUGAAGUGCCAAAGGAGAUCAGAGAAAUGAGGGAGCAAAUAGUAGGUCUCCAAUUGAUCCUUGAGCAAUACAAUGGAGACAACCUGAAAUCCUUACAUUACGAGGAGCUGGACGAGACCGAGAAGAAGCUCGAAAUAUCCUGCACAAAAGUUCGUGAAAGAAAGUACCACUCCGUGGAGAACGGAUUUAGGUUGCCCCUCCAUGGUCUGCUUCACGACCUUUGCCUCCAUUUUGGAUUUGCUCCGGGUCAAUUGACUUCUAAUGCGCACAAGUAUAUUGCAUCCUAUAUGUUGCGGUGCUGUGCCCUGGACAGAAUCCCAAAAUUGGAUGAAUUCCUCCUCCUCUUCAGUAUCGGUGGCUUCCCCUUCUACAGCCUAUACCCCCAUAACCAUUUUCCCAUUUUUGAGAAGGUUGAGCUCAAGAUCGACAAAUGGUCAUUGAAAUACUUCGUUAUUGAGUUCCCGGCUCACAGCCCCAUCGAUCUACCGGGCGUUGUCCUCCGCCGUUCCAUUCCCCGGACGAAAUUCGCUACAAUAGAAUUGGCGGAGGGGGUGUACAAUGCUUUGAGAGGAAAAGAAGGUUUAAUUUCACACCACUCCCUUCAAGAUGCCCAAUUGUACAAGAAGGCAGGUUUUUACUACCCCCUGGGUCCUGACCCAUUUCCCUUUGAAGGGAUGCCCUCUCCUGAGAGAUUGAAGGCUCCUUCUGCUGCAGAGUCCAACCCAGCCGCAAGCUCUCCUGGAAAUCGGCCCCAAGGUGGUUCCACUACCUUGGUUGUGCGCAAUCCGGAUGCUGCUCUGAAUGUUGUUCCUAUCUCUGCCAUCCCCGGGCUCAGGAGGCCCACUUCGUCCCAGAAACGGCCACGGGAAGGUGUCUCCGAUAAUGAUUUCCUUCCCAAGAAGAACAAGGGUGACGGUACUUCUGUUUCGCCCAGCCCCCUGUCCAACUCUUCCGGUACCCAGAAUGCCACUCCUGCUGCUACAUCCGGGGUUUUGGAGUUAUCCCACCCGGAUAGACUUGAUUGUGAGGAAGAAGAGCCUAGGGACCAGUCUGCGCUCAGAAAACCCAUAACGCAGCCUCAGACUAAGGCGUCCGGUUCCUCGCCACAUGCCGUAACCACCCCCCAUAUAAUGGAUGAAGAAGGGAUGAAGCAGAAAGAACCGGAGUCCUCCCCUACAGAAGAGAGGGAGAGUUGGGCAAACUUCUCCCGUGGUAUGAGGUCCUUGCAAGCCUCCCAUUGGACCAUCCAGGCAAAUCUUGAGAGGAUGAGGGGAUCCGUGCAGGAGCUUGCAAUUCCCCAGGCCCGUCCCGACUUGCUUGCCCUCAAUGCUCUGCACCUCAUGGAGCAGGCCCAGCAAUCACUCCUCACUUUGACAGAGGAGUACCUGGGUGGAGCAUCAAGGAACUAUCGGGCUGUAGUGCUCCUGAGGGAGAGGGAACUGGCUGCCAGAGCCUUACAACAGAAGGUCGACUCCCUGGAACAACAAGUCCAGAUCCUGCAAGGAGAGAAUGCUCGGCUCAAGGCAGAUGGCUCAAUGGAGCUAGCAGCUGAGAGAUCCAAGGUCCAGUCCUUACAAGAGCAGAUUGCCAAUUAUAAAAAAGAAACCCAGGAUCUGGAAGUGCAGUUUGACAGAUUCCGGGCACAGAUCUCCAUUCUGGAAUCCAGGGUCUCGGCUUCAGAAAACCAGACAGGAAGCCUGAAAGCUGAGUUGGUUGAGAGGGAAUCCCGGAUUUCUGAACUGGAGAAUUCCCUCCAAGAGGCCAAGUAUGAGGGCUCCCGUCUUAACGAGCUUGCACUGAAGCACAUGGAGGCAAGACGGCUUACCCUCGAGAAGUUGAAGGAAGAGAGACAGGCUGCAAGCGAGCUCCGGUCAAAGAUGGAGGAUCAGGAGAAGACAAUUGCUGCUCAUCAAGAGGAGGUGGCCACUCUGGUUGCCCGCGCUGGAGCCCUCUACGAAGAGGGAAAAUUUGACAUGUAGCAAUGUAUCUUCGGGGCAGUCCAGAGUGGUCUCCCGGAGAACCGCACUUUGGAUGACUUCAUCUCCUACUAUGGGUUACCUCUUCCUCUUUCUCCCCCAGCCUCUCGUGCCGAUCCGGGGCGUUGACUUUAUCCUUCUCUGUUGACUGUUAUAUUUUGCCUUGUAACAUUUGGAUGAUAGCAAAUUGAUAACACCUGAUGUAUUUUUGUCCAUAUAGACUCCUUUCGUAAAUCUGACUGUCCCC